AAAGCAAAUAUAGCGAAUCACAUUAGCUAUUCAAAAUACAACUCACUUUCGAAAAAUCAACUUAUCCGCAAAUUAGACUUUUGAAUUUAUUCCAACCCUCAUUCCUUUUUACCAAAUCGUUUUGUUUCCAAGUAAAUUAUAAGUUCAGAGCGUUAACUCCGAGUAUGACUUCCCUGGCGUGUGUCUUCAUUGCUGGCUUGACCCACCUGGUGGAUCUACUUGCCCCGUCGUCUAAGAAUCCGACAAUUCCCGGGCCACAGCUCCCCACUCUGAUUGUGGCCAUUGCUGCGAUGGAUCUCAUCUGGGACAACUGCUUCAUACCCCAGCGACUCAACGUUCUGCCGACAGUCGUCAAGCGGAUCUACGAGUUGGCAGUGGCUUUCCUUCUGCUGGAGAUUGCCAUCCACGUCCUGUGGAAGACGAUGGAACAGAUUUGCUUUCUGCUGGUCAAGAUUGGGCUGCUCGCCACGGGCCUCGUGUCGGAGUCCAUCUACGAGAAGUACGAGGUUUUCUGGGUGGGCAGCGUAACAGUGCCGCUGGCCUUGCUGAUCCUGGCGUUCGCGGGCCAGGCCACCGAUCACUUCCACAUGCUGCACGAGAGCUUAAUUGAAAAGCGGACAAGGGUUGAACUGCGGGCGGACGAGGCCCUUAAGUAUCUGGAGAAAUGUCCGAGGGCCAUCAAAAGAGGCUACGCAACUGCGUUCCGGCUCUAAAAAGGCGCAAGAACCUGACCAGCAAUCGGG